AUGUCGAAUAUUAUAAAGCUCAGCAUUAUGGGUGUUCGUGCAUUCGACAACCAUGAUAGAGAACUUAUAGCAUUUGGUCGGCCGCUCACGCUUAUAGCUGGUCCUAACGGCGUGGGCAAAACCACGAUUAUUGAGUGUCUAAGGUAUGCUACAACUGGUGAUCUACCCCCCAAUUCGAAAGGUGGAGCCUUUGUUCAUGAUCCAAGAAUGUCAGGGGAGCGAGAAGUUCUUGCCCAAGUGAAGCUUUCUUUCUACAGUACUAGUGGGGUUCAAAUGGUUUGCACGAGGUCGAUGCAAUUGACGGUGAAGAAAACAACACAAACAUUCAAAACCUUAGAAGGGCAGCUACUUGCUGUAGUUGGAGAUAAAAAGCAAACAGUUUCUUCGAGAUGUGCAGAUCUAGAUGUUCAAGUUCCAUUCAGUCUCGGGGUGAGCUCAGCUGUGCUAAACUAUGUGAUUUUUUGCCAUCAAGAGGACAGCCUGUGGCCGCUGGCCGAGCCAUCGAUUGUGAAAAAAAGAUUCGACGAGAUUUUUGAAGCUACAAAGUUCACUAAAGCGUUGGACAACCUGAAGACUCUGAAAAAAGACUAUGCUGCAGAUAUCAGGGUUCAAGAAAAGACUACGCAGUAUCUCCAAGCUGAUAAAGAGCGUGCAGAGAAUAUCAAGCUUCGAAUCACUGAACUAUCAGGUACGAUUUCGAACUACGAAUCAGAAUGUGCGACCUUGAAAGAGCAGAUUGAAAGCUCCACAAAGGAACUCAACAAGCUGUUCGAGAUUACACGCAGCUUUGAGCAAAAAUCAAAUCGGUUGUCUCAACUGAGGGAUAAUAAGAAGCAUAUGGCAGGUUCGAUUGAGGUAUUGCUUCGAGGAUUAGAAGUGAUCGAUCUCGAUACAGCCAAAAUUGAACAAGAACUUGAGGCAUAUGAUGCCCAGGAGCAGUCUCUCCAGGAAGCCUACAACGACCUGCAAACUUUGAAGCGACAAAAACAAACCAAGACUCAAGAGUUUCAGCAGGAGUAUUCUAAGCUCAUUUUGAAAAAAGGUAAACUCGAAGCAGAAUAUGAAGACUUCCAACGAAAUCAGGAGAUGUUGCAGCGCUUGACCGCUCAAGUUCAUUCGAAAUAUGGCUCCUCAAGGAAGGACCUAGAGCAGCAACUGUCUGAUAUUCUAGCAGAGUCUUUAUCAAGUUAUGAGCGAGCAAAAACUGACCACCGAGAAGCGGAAAACAGAAUUCAGUCUGAAGUGAACCAAGUCACGGCCACAAAGCUUCAAAUCGAACAACAGCAACUCUCUAAUGAGGCCGAGUUGGAUAGACUAGAGUCUUUGCAGAAGGAAAUUCUUCGUGAUGUCAGUGACCUGGCAUCCAAUCAGACGCAAAAUUCAGUUGAACAUUAUGAAUCCCUUUUGUUAGAGUACCAAGAAAAAGUGGUACAGAGUCGUAAAAAACUCGAGGAACUCACGAAUAAAGGUGAAGUUGAGCAGGAAAAACUUAACAAUUUAUCUUUGCAAGCCCAAAUUGAAUCUUUGAAUAGAUCUCUGAGCAAAGCUACCUUACAUUUUAGUGAACAUUCAAAGCUCUUGGUUCUCAAAGAAAAUGCUGAAAAGAAAAGAAAUACACUAGAAAGUAUGCAGCAUACUCUGCAACCAGACUUUGAGCGAAUCAUGGGUAAAAGAUUCCUCGUUGACAACAUUGAGAAAGAUUUCACUACUCAAAAAGAGUUGAUUUCUCAGAAUCUUGACUCCAGUUUGAAGGAGCUCCAAGCUCUUUCGGAAAGAGUCAGUGUCCUAGAGUCUAGUGAAAAUGCUAAGAACGCUGACGUCAAGAGCCUUGAGAGCCAGGCAGAUUCAAUCAAACAACAUAUAGAGCGAGAGAUUGGAGGACCCAUUACCUCUUUCGACGAUCUUCUGGAUGAAGUGGAAGAAGAUCUUCAUGUGGCUACUCAGAAUUCAGAACAAAGCUCUUUCACGGCUCAGUUUUACGAAGCUGCCAAAGCCAAUGCUAGCUCCAGCCACUGUUGCCUUCUAUGUCAGAGAUCCAUGACUGAUAGUGAAAAAUCACAGUUUGAAGAGUUUUUGACCGAGAAAAUUAAACAAAUGCCUCUCACCAAAGAAGAGGCUGAACUCGCGCUCAAAGAAACGAGUCAGGAAGCAGCAAAACUGAGAAAUUUGAAACCUCAGCAAGCGCGGUUCAAGGAGCUAACGGAAAUCGAGAUACCAACUGCCGAAAGACAGCUCGCAGACAUUGUGCGAAAAUGCUCUGACGAGAAAGUCGAACACGAAAAAGUUCUCAAUAGAGUGGAAGAGUUUAAGGCGGAGCGUGCUAAGCUCGACAGCUUGCAAAAAAGCGUUCGUGAAAUUGCCCAAACCGCGACGGAUCUCAAUAUGAUCAACUCAGAGAUUGAUGUACUGACAGAUCCUGCAGUUGUCGACGAGAUUGAGACGCCUCAGGUAAUUCAGCAAAAGUUGGAAGAUGUAAACGAGAAGUUCCGACGCUCACAGCGUAAACUGCAAGAAUUUUCAGACGCAGAAGCGUUCGCGAAAGAGGAAAUUACAAAAUGGACUAACCUUGUCAAUAAACAACAACUUCAGCUCAAGGAUUUGCAGCUUGAGGAGCAAGAUAUCAAAGUGAAACAGGGUAAACUUAGUGAACUCAGAAUCCAGCUGGAUCGACUACGCGAGGAACCUGAGAAGCUCAAAUCCAAGCUGUCUGCAGCCCUUGGGGAACUGUCCUCAUCAGAAGAAAAGCUUAGGAUGGCCAAAAUCAACUCGGCCAAAAUCGAGAAGGAACUUUCCUCAGCACAAACAGAUGCUCAGGCCCUUCUUGGCGAUUGCACUCGACUAAAAACGAAAAUUAAAGCGUUCGAGACUAACUUUGGGAAAACGCCACUAAAGGAAAUCAGCGAUGCAAUCGAACAGAUACAAAAGUCUCUUGAAACGGAGUCUGCAGAAAUCAAUGAUCUUGAGGAUAAGCUCAUAGCAGCUGAUCGGCGUAUUACCGACUUUCGUGGCCAGAAGCGGGUGCUUCAAGACAACCUGCAACUCCGAAAAUACCGUGAAGAGAUUGAAAGGUUUGGGUCAGCUAUUGACGAGCUAGAGAAAGAGUUGGCUGAAAACCAGAAAGACGACUACGAGCGUCAAACACUAGCUCUUCAAGACGAAUGCGCAAAGCUCAACUCUGUUUACGCGAGUAAACUAGGAGAAAUCAAACAACUUGAAGAACAAGUAUUGCGCUCUCAAAAGGAACUUGAAACAGACUACGCAACUGUCCAGGAGGAUUCCCGAAGAGCCACUGUGAAACUCGAAUCUACCGUGGUUGCAACCGAUGAUCUCACAAAGUACUGGCGUGCUCUUGAUGCUGCAAUCAUGAAGUAUCAUUCUGUCAAAAUGCUCGAAAUUAACAGAGUUUUGGACGAAUUGUGGAAGAAAACAUACAAAGGAACCGAUGUGGAUACGAUCAUGAUCAAAGGUGAAAGUGAAGGUAAAGGCGCCCGAGCUUAUAACUAUCGGGUUUGUAUGGUCAAGCAAGACACAGAACUUGAUAUGAGAGGAAGAUGCUCUGCAGGUCAGAAAGUAUUAGCUUCUGUGAUUAUUCGCUUAGCCUUGAGUGAAUGCUUCGGGGCCAGCUGUGGCCUUAUUGUUCUCGACGAACCCACUACGAACCUUGAUCGUGACAAUAGCGAAGCACUUGCGAGAAGUUUAUCAACCAUUAUCGAGUCCCGCCAAGCGCAGCGAAAUUUCCAGUUGAUUGUAAUUUCUCAUGACGAGCACUUUUUGAGCUGCAUGAACGCUUCGGCAUAUUGUGACCACUUUUAUCGUAUAGACCGUGACAUGCGGCAAAUGUCUAAAAUUGAUAGGCUUCCGAUCGGAAUGCUUCAAUGA